AUGGCGACAAAUAACAGAAAGAAACCCUCGGAAAAAUCGACAAACGAUUGCUCCAUAAAGUCAACACUAAUCAAAGCCUUCAAGUCAAAUUCGGACUGGCCAGACAAGGAUGAAUUUUUAGACGUAAUAUACUGGAUACGACAAGUUGUCGGCCUACUGUUAGGAAUUGUCUGGGGUAUCUUUCCAUUGAAAGGCUUCAUAGGCAUCAUUUUAUUCCUCGCAGUGAACAUAGCAUUAAUAUACUUCUAUGUGAACACGAUACAAAAAGUGGACGAGGACGACUACGGAGGCACUUCAGAAAUCAUAAAAGAAGGACUUAUGACAUCUUUCGCUACCUUUGUUGUGACUUGGAUCAUAGUUUAUUCAGCAUUACACCAAGACUGA